AUGCCUGUCGAUUCUGUUCUUCAACUCAGCUGCUCCUGCAACCAAUAUCCUUGGGGAAAGCAGGGCCAUGAUUCCAUCGCAGCACGUCUUUGCGAGAAGACUCCCGGUUGGGAUGGCGAGAAGGCCGACAAGCAGUUCAAGAUCGACGACAACAAGUCAUAUGCCGAAAUGUAUGCUUACCCUUGCGGAUCACAAGAAACACAGCUCUAA